AGCGCUCGUAUGGUGCGCGUCGUUGUCUCGGUAAUUGCCAUAGGUGGUACGUCACGUGGCAAUAAUACCGGUGAUAUUAAAACGCGUAUAAAUAGUUGUUUAUAUUUUAUUUAAAUUCAAAUUGUUUAUUUUUAAAAUAAAUAUUAAAAAAAAAAACAAAGAUAAUUUUAAAAUAAAUUUGAAUUUAAAAAAUAGUUAUCAAUAUUAAAUAGUGUGUUAAAGUAGCCACGAAGGGGCUAGUUUUAUAGAUUAGAUGUGCGCGAGUCCGUGAUGGACAACUCCAGUGGCGCGAGGGACAGUCGUUACACGACACUUGGAUAUAACAUGGGUAUGAUGGGUAGCGACACUGGCGCCGAGAUGUAUGGACGUCCAUCUACGUCUCAGCUGGCCGCAGCCUCACAAUUACGCAGUGGCGCCACCAUGAUGAAUGCUGGAGGUGGAGGUGGUGCUGGCGGUGGAGGUUCUGCUGGUGGUGCUAAUACUGGUGGCAAUACAAAUGUUAAUAUGCAACAACGAGGGAUGAAACGUUCGUCAUCAGAUGUUUGUUAUGAUGAUGGAAAUGGACGUCAAAGUUUGUCACAAAAUCAGGGUAUGGGAAUGGGUGGUCCGGAUUGUGUUCCCGACAAUCUUGAUGAUACUUAUACUAAUUUGGGUGCACCCAAAAAGUCUCCACCUUCAAAUGGUAAAAAGACCAAAGGACGUGUUAAAAUUAAGAUGGAGUAUAUUGACAAUAAAUUGAGGAGGUACACGACAUUUUCGAAAAGGAAAACUGGAAUUAUGAAGAAGGCAUACGAGCUGUCAACUUUGACAGGUACACAAGUGAUGUUGUUGGUGGCCAGUGAAACCGGUCACGUGUACACAUUUGCGACGCGCAAACUCCAGCCGAUGAUAACGAGUGAGGCGGGAAAGGCACUAAUUCAAACCUGCCUUAAUAGUCCAGAUCCACCGCCAUCGGGAUCGUCAGGAGACCAACGGAUGUCAGCGACGGGAUUCGAGGAGACUGAACUGACGUACAACAUCGCUGAUGAUGAGCAGAAAGAAGAAACAGCAUCCCCUAGGUCGGAUAUUUGUGCCAAUGACAGUGAGGGUGACACAAGCGAUGGUGAAACAACUGACACAAAGUCACCAUUAAAAAAUCAUCCAGGAGGGAUGUCAUCAUUUUCAGCUGGGAUAAUGUAUCAAAUGCCGCAAAAUGUCAUGUAUUCACCGAGUUCUGGAGUACUAUUAAGUAUUGGACAAAACGGGCAACCUGUUCAAAUUUCAUCAGACGGAAAUACAUCGAAUAUCAAUAGUGGGCAAUCUAAUCAACCAUUUAUUACAAUUCCUUUACAUCCUUUAAAUGUUUCGAUGAGUACUCGUGGAAUGUCAUUACCAGUUACAUCAAAGGCUUUAUCACCACCUUGUUCGAUAGCAUCAACAGAUGUCAAUUCAGAUAUGCCUUCAGAUCUCAGUAAAGAUCGUAAAUGAUAAAUAAAUUCAUAUAAAUAUAUAUACAUAGUUUAAUUUCUUUUUUUUUGCAAUACAUUUAUUAUUUAUCAAGAUCUAAAUUUAAAUUCAUGUUUUUUUCAUCAAUAUUGAUAAACAAAAAUAUAUUUUUAUAUUUAUUUAUAAAAAUAUGACAUUGUUUUUUUUAAUAAAAAAUAAAUAAUUAACUAGUCGUAAAAUAGUGAAAAUUAAAUAUGAUAAUUAAUAUCGAUUGCA